AUUCGACUCGUCGACAGAAACAGUCGCGUCAACCGUUAAACACAUCGGGAAAGAGCGCGUGCGUGCGUGUAUGGACAAGAGUGAACCGUUUUUCGCGUUAGUUUACCCAAAAGCUUAUAACUCUGUGCUGUGCUGUGCUGUGCUGUGGUGUUCUGUGACGAGGCUAAAAAUAAGUGCAAACUGCUCAAAUCAGAAUUUAAUUAUUCUCUGUUCUUUUAUCAGACGAGAACUGAUAAAAAAAAGCCACAUACCUACAUAAGUACAUACGAGGAAGUGGGAAGAACAGAGCACAUUAUCUCUACUGAAUGUUCACAGGGCAAAACUUGUUUCGAGAAGCCUCUUGUGCAAAUUGCCGAUCAAUUAUAUGUAAAGAAGGAAAACGGCAGCAAACAGCCAACAAAGAAAAUAAACAAGUAUCUACAUAGUACAUGGUACAUACAAAAUUAAAUAAGAGUUCGCUUGUGGGGAAAAGUCUGUAAGGGCAUCGCAUCCCAGCCCAAGUGGUUUAUCUUGAUGUCAAAGCUUAUCUGUGCCGGGAGAGUGCUGUGUGUUAUGUGAGUGCGAGUGAGUCCACACAGGCAAAUCUCUAGCUAAUACAGCAGCCGAGUGGACUAGACAGACAGUCGCUCAGACCCAAGAGCGCGCUCCGCGAUCAGAUCGUUUAACUGAGAUUCCAUUCCCUGGCUGUCAGAAGUUACUCUUCCGCUUGAUUAAUUGUGCGUAUCGCAUCCAUUAUGACAGCUGAGACACUCAAACCGUUUAUAACACCAACGAGUGCCGCCGGCAGUUUUCCGGCCAAGCAAUCGAGCGCGGCGAAAGCCCAGGGCAAGACUCGACAGAUCAUCCCAAUUGUCUUGAGUGUCGUGGGUCUGGCCCUGGUUGUGGCCAUCCUCAGCCUAACGAUCUGGCAGUCAUCGCGUGUCACGCAUCUGGACAAGGAGCUGCAGAGUCUUAAGCGGGUCGUCAGCAGUCUUCAGCAGCGUUUGGGCAUACAAUAUCUGGACGAGCUUGACGAUUUCCAAAAGGAGUACGAGAAUGCGCUCAUUGAAUUUCCCAACAAGCUGGAUGGCAUCCCCGAUGAUGAUGACGACGACGGCGACGGCGACGGUGAUGAGGACAUAGACGCAGAUGCAGACGAAGACGAUGAGGUGGACGGCUUCCCCGACUUCGACCCAGACGAAACCAGCAGCCUCUAUGACGAGUACGAUGAACCGGACGACACCACGCCAGCGCCUGAUGUGGAGGAACCGGAUGGCAACACCAGCGCCUCAUCUGCCUCGAACGACGACAAUGUCUACGAAGACUUUACCAAUUACAACGACUCCAAAAAGAAGAAGCAUGGGAGGAAGUCUCGCUCGAUUGCUGAAGCCGAUGUGCGCAAUGAGCUGCAGACAACACAGGCCAACCAAACGGAGCAGACCGAGGCCAAGGAGAGACAUUUUUCCAGCACACCAUCAGUGCAGCAUCAUCAUCGCCGCAAGCUGCGGCCCCGCACCAGUCGCCAGAGGGUUCUGGUCCGGAAAGGUGAAUCUCUUAUUUCAGCCAAAUCCACAACCAAUUCCGGCUCCCGCACCCCAGCCGCUCACUUCCAUCUGAAUCGCAAGGUGCCGCACCACAAUGCCCCCAUUCAACUGAGUUCGCACCAGGGUGACAUGUACAUUGGGCAUGCCACAGCGGGCAGCGACACCGCGUGGCAGGAGUACUUCAGUGUCAGCAACGGAGUACUGACGGCGCAUCAGCCGGGACUGUAUUACGUGUAUGCCCAGAUCUGCUACAACAACACGCACGAUCAGAACGGGUUCAUUGUGUUCCAUGGCCACAACGCCUUCCUUCAGUGCCUGAACACGGUGCCCACGAACAUGCCCCAGAAGGUUCACACGUGCCACACCAGCGGCCUGAUCCAACUGCGCGAACAGGAGUCGAUCCACCUGCGUGACAUUCAUCGCGAUCGCAACGUGCUGCUGAGGGACUCCAACAAUCGUAGCUACUUUGGCAUCAUCAAAGUGUAGGCUGGAGAACGAAGAACAAGCCGCCUCGUGGCCGGUUUAAGCUUUCGUAGUUCUGUCUCUACGGCAGACUGCUCGUGAAUACGAUCCAUCGCCUGCAUGGAUCCCUUAGUUUGUAGCCCUUCUUAGCCUUAGUUACACUCAUAAUCUGCCCAUAAUCUCAAGCCGAGUCAUGCACAAUGAACGGAGAAAGCAAUCAUAUUUAUUUUGUAAAUAUAAACCUCUACGAUACCAUAAAAAAAGGUGAAUAAAAAUAUAGUUGAACUUGUAAA